AUGUUUCUGCCCAUUGGUUAUAUCUGGAUUCGAUCUCGGUUCUUACAGCAAAGCAAGGAGAGACACCAGAUUUUUAUACUUCUGCUCACUUUUGUGGUAUACGUGCUUUAUCACGCCUCCCGGAAACCUCUAAGCGUUGUUAAAACCGUAUUUCACAGGAGGUGUUUGCCAACAUCACAAAAAGAACCAAAUUGGUGUCAAUGGAAACCGUUUGGUAUGCUCUCGUUGGAUUUAUUUUUACUCUUUAGACGCUGA